UUUUUUCGCGCUUCCUUCCUGCCUCUUUUACGUUAGGCGAUGUCGCUAGCCCUGUCCCACAGGAAAAGACCAAGACUCAUCCUCGCACUAGUGCAAAUCCGCGCAUCGAGUGUGCUCACAGAAUCGUAGACUUGUUGCCCAUCGAAGUCACAACCGGACGAGAAGUACGUUACAGGAGACUUGGUAUUCAUCUUACAAGUCGUCAUGAGCGCGAUUUCCAGUGUCUGGUGUUCUGUGUAGAGGUUUUGCCACUAAUUGGAGCGCGAAGCUGAGUGAGUCACCAGUGUUUAUAGCAGUUUGACGUGCGCGGAAUUGGUCCCCGCUUUCAUGCGGCGAAUUCCGGAGCUUCUCCUGGUUGGGAGUGCAUGCUGUCGUUGAUGCUGCUUCUCUAGAAUCAUCUCCGCGUUUGAACGCCGUUUUGGAGGAGAGGGGUUUUGUUGGAGUUGAGCGAUUGCGUUGAGCUCUCUGUUGUUGAACAAUUGGCGUGUUGAGUGCAUGUUUCCUCUGUUUUUUUUUGUUCUGUUGUAUCCAUACAGCUCGUCGCAUUCGAAAUCGGGAUAGCUGAACUGGAGUAUGCCAGAAUCAAGAAUCUUGUGUAGUUAUUUAUUUUUCUUGCAAUUGCUGAGAUCAUCGAAGGAUAUUUUAGUAUUUGAAUAGGCUCGUUCUUGGAGUAGUUGCCGAUCUCUGUGUUUGUGUGAGUUUCUGCGCGAACAGGAGAUUCGAAGGUUGUUAACUUCGAGCGUCGAGUGACAGGGUUCUUGAGUAUUCGUACCUUGUGUCCCUUGCCGUAACGUAACCUCACACCUUACUAUUAAUUCUCAGUGCUGGGAAAGUGCCGUUCUACCGCAGUCCAUUUCGCAACUUUCGAAAUUUGUGGGAGUUAGAGAAACUUCUAUUUACGAGACAAUUUCAGUUAAGAAUGUUGCGGUUAUGGAGAUCCGCAGGGGAAGUGUAGGAUGAGGUUUGCUGCACAGGUGUGCAUUUCGAUCAUGUGUGGUUGCACCCGUCGAUGCCCGUCUACUCUUCAUUCCUGCCCCUUCAUUGUAUUUUCUUCAACACCAAUAUAGCAUCAAACCACCUUCAACUGUACCCGUGAAUUCCUGGCAUCGAGAUGCUUCUCCUAGAUAUGGCUCAGUGCAAGUCCUACAAGGAAUCUCUCAAGGUCCUGGAGGCUGACAUCCAGCAUGCCAACACUUUGGCAUCAGACGUUCCAAGAGAUUACGAUGGGGCGUGCAUACAAAUGCGGUUAUCUUACAGUCCCGUAGCACACUUGUUUUUGUUCUUGGUGCAAUGGACAGAUUGCAGCCUUGCAGGCGCGUUGGGACUUCUUCGCAUUCUUAUAUACAAGGUAUACUUGGAUGGAACCACAACAAUGUCUGUACAGGAAAGGAAAGCCAGCCUUGGUGAAUUUUAUGGCCACAUUUAUCCAUCUUUACAACAACUUCAGGCUGGUAUGUCGGGUGUGGAAGACCUGAAGCAAAAAGCCAAAGUCCAUGAGCGAUAUAGGAAACGCGACGAGGAAUGCAGUCACAUGUCGGAGUUCGAUGUAGAGCGUGAAAUUGAGUGUGGCAUCUGCAUGGAGAGGAACCCUAAAAUUGCUCUUCCAGAUUGCAACCACGUCAUGUGUCUCUCGUGCUACCGGGAUUGGCGUGGGCGAUCUCAAUCAUGCCCCUACUGUCGAGAUAGUCUGCGGCGUGUCAACUCAUGCGACUUGUGGAUUUUCACCGACUCAGCUGACAUUGAAGAUGUGGACAAAAUCACUCGCGACAACCUCCAGCGCCUUUUCAUGUACAUAGAUAACCUUCCACUCUUGAUCUCAGAGAGUGUGUUUGCUCUUUACGAUGCCUAUGAAACGCAUCUCAAGUGAGGGCCAACAACUGAACUGAACUCAACCCAAAUCAACUCACAAUGGCCGGAUCAUUGCAAUUGAAGCAAUAUCACUAACCUCAUUCGCCAUAUGUAUUAUUCCUUCACCCCCUUCCACCCAACCCGCAUCUUCCUUUGUCGGCCAUGCUUCUAUUUGUGCAGAUCAAGCUCAUCAGAUGUAGAAUCGCUUAGGAAUCCAAUUUGAUCCGUCUACACAGACGGGCUCUUAACAUCUCAGACAGUAAUGCCAGAAAAUCAAAACGAUGUAUUUAAUCAUAUGUUGGAGUCUCACAGUAUCAAUGAAUAUAAUCUUGCUUCUUUCAGACCCA